GCGAGCCCAAGCCAGACCCCGCCUCCGCCGGCAGCCCGAGCAGCCCCUGCUCGCCCGACCUCGGCAAAGCCCAGUGCAAAGCCCAGUCAGGAGUCUGUGCAAGCAGGGUUUGCCCAGAAUGAUCGCGAGCUUCGCCGUAAGAAUGAGAAGGAGCCGGCAGGGACAGUGGAUGCAGGCAGUGACAGCAGCUCUGAGGGAGAGGACGCUGAAGCCUAUAAAAAGCUGUACAACAGGAUGGAAGCCAAGUUGCGGCGAAUGUGCACGGUAAAGCAAACAGGCAAGUGCGAUGCCGACAAAAGCCUCUUGAAGCAGUGGAAAGAGAAAGGCCACAGCAGAACGCAGCUGGUCAAGCUGAUGAUUGAAGCAGAUGGACACAGGGAGCUCUUCAACCACAAGCUCAAGCUUUACCGCAAGACCGAACAAUUCCGGAACUGUUCGACGAAAGGAGGCUACUACUCCGAGGUCCAAGGUGAAGAAGAUUGUCAAGUACUGCGAAGAACAUGGACUGACACGGUGCCCUUGCUGGAAUGUUCCACAGUGACUGUGCCGCUCCCUGUGACUGCAUUGCUGAGGACAAACAAGUACGACACGACCGAAACCGAGUACUGGGUUGACUACAGGACAGAGGGUGUGAGGGGUGUCAACGAGGUUGACGGCAUGGAAGAGACGGGCACUGGGCUCACCGACGGCUUCGUGGCACCGGAGCUGGACGAGUGCCCCAUGCCUUCGAAUCCUCAGCCAGAGGAUCUUCCGCUUGGGCUUCACAUGGAGCAGGGCAAGAAGGCCGAGCUUCUGUCGUGA